AUGGCUGUCGUCUCUAAGCUACUGGGCUUUCCCAGCCUUACCUUAGCCGCUGUCAUCGAGUCUUUCAUCGCAAUCAAAGUAUUUCCAGAUUAUUACGAUUCGAAGAGUCACUUGGCUGCUGUAUUCACCAUCUUACUCAUCAAUUAUGCUUUCGGAAUCGUUUUCUGGGGAUUUCUAUACCCAGUCUUCUUUAGCCCCCUCAAACACAUUCCCGGUCCAAGAGACUAUUUGAGCGCCGCUCAUCGAUCUAUCGGUGUCAAAGACAGACCAUCCGGUGACUUAUUCAUCGAUAUUGCGAAACGAUAUCCCGGUGAAGACUUACUCACUCUCAACUCAUUCAGAACCCACAUACUGGUGACAAAUCCUCUGCUGUUAGCAGAUCUGCUCGUUCACAACUGUUACGACUUCACCAAACCGAAGAGAAUCAGCUCCUUCCUACGACACAUUCUCGGCGAUGGUCUCAUCAUCGUUGAGGGCGAACCUCACAAGUUCCUCCGCAAGAACUCAACACCGGCGUUUCACUUUCGACAUAUCAAGGAGCUAUAUCCCAUGAUGUGGCAGAAGAGCCAGUCGCUGGCCAGGGCAUUGAAUCAGGAUAUGGCUGCGUCGAGGUCAUCUACCAUUGAGCUCAACAGCUGGGCGAGCAAGGUUACGCUCGAUAUCAUCGGUAUUGCUGGUCUAGGCCGCAAGUUCGAUGCCGUUGAGAAGAAGAAGGACCCCCUUGCGGACAUCUAUGAAGGUUUGCUCGAGCCGAGCCGAGAGAAGCUCAUAUUCUCUAUGUUGUCUCUGGCCAUUGGCCUGCCCAUCAUUCGUCUCAUCCCUUGGAAGAUGAACGAUGUCUUCAACUAUCUGACCGGAACCUUGAAUGAACUUUGCUUCCCCAUGAUCCAGGAGAAGAAGGCAGCUAUUCUCGAGAAGGGAGACGACCACUUCGAUGUCUUGUCGCUUCUCAUCAAGUCGAAUAACUUUUCGGAUGAGUCCUUGAAGGAUCAGCUUCUGACCUUCCUUGCAGCAGGGCACGAAACGACCUCUUCUGCUUUGACUUGGGCAUGCUACCUACUCACCAAGCACCCUGAAUACCAGGCCAAGCUUAGAGAGGAGGUCAGGAACGGACUGCCAGAGGAGCUGGCCACCAACCCGACAGUGGAUCUCGCCGGUAUCCUCGAGCAGCUUCCUUAUCUCAACGGCAUCAUGCAUGAGACACUUCGACUCUACCCAACAGUACCCUUGACGAUGCGUCAAGCUAUCCGCGACACCCGCAUCGGCGACCAGUUCAUCCCGGAGGGCACAGAUAUCAUGGUAUCAAUCUGGUACAUCAACCGAUCAGAAGCUAUUUGGGGCCCUGAUGCAACCGAGUUCAAGCCGGAGCGAUGGAUCACUGAUGAUGGAAAGCCAAAUCAGAAUGGUGGAGCGAGCAGCAAUUACAACUUCCUCACCUUCCUGCAUGGACCAAGAAGUUGCAUUGGACAAGGGUUUGCGAAGGCUGAGAUGCGAUGUUUGUUGGCGACUAUGAUUCGGUCGUUUGAAUGGAAGCUGGCGAUGGAUGACAAGCUUGUGAUGCCAAGGGGAGUGAUUACUAUCAAGCCAGAAAAUGGCAUGUACUUAGAUAUGAAGGCUCUAUAA